AUGCCAAACCUCCCAGAUAUCGCUAAUAUCUUGGAGUGGAAGGACAUGAAACAGGUGGCCGAGCGCAGCGGAAUGACUAUUGCCACCAUAUAAUCCCACCAGCUAAACUAUCCCAAUGACACCCAGGAGCAGUGUUCCAACCUACUGAGGGCCUGGGUGGAGAAGGAGGGGAUGACCACAGCCGCUAAGACACUGAUCCAGACUCUACACCGCAUGAAUAAAAAGGCCAAGGCAGAGAAUAUAAUGGCUAUCAUCAGUAACAAGGAAAACACAGUUCAGAACUCGGGGGCAGAACAGGUGCAGAUA